AUGCACACGUCCAAACAAGACAAAAUUCCAAAGCAACCGGUGACAAAGGAGGCAGAAGUGCGAGAGCCUGUCGGUUCGCACGAGGAAGCUGCUGCGAAAUGCUCACCUCUCCGCUUCAAGAAGAACGAAAAAAAAAUAAAUAGAAUCGUACUUCCAUCGAAGUUUUCGCUGUCGUGUUUCAAACAUCAGUCCGUUUUUCUUCAGAGGUACGACACAGCGUACGCCUGCGAGGGCAAAAUACUGUCCAUCGAGUGCGGCGAGGGAAAGCUGAUCCACCUCAUCAGAGCGAACUACGGGAGGUUCUCGAUAACGAUAUGCAACGAGCACGGGAACACCGAGUGGAGCGUCAACUGCAUGUCGCCCAAGUCCUUCCGUGUGCUGAACAGCGAGUGCAACAACCAGCAGAACUGCAGCAUCGUUGCGUCCACGGUGCAAUUCGGCGAUCCUUGUCCCAACACGCACAAGUACCUUGAAGCGCACUAUCGUUGCGUGUCCGCGGCAACAACCACGACAACGUCCCGUCCGAGUCCGCCGUGGUUCGUGACUUCGCAGCCGAGCGUUUGGAGCACAGCUAAGCCGACUGUCAGGCCUCCCUCCAGGAUUACGACACCCCCAGCUCAGCAGCAACCACAGCCGCCGGCGCCGUCCACACCGACACUGCCAAUAACCACCACGUCAAGUCCGACGUCGACAAGGUCUCCGGUCGAUAUGGAGGUGCUCGAGGUGGACCAAGACUUAAUACUUCCAGCGAAUGUUCCGUCUGCGAACGGACCUGCGGUGCCUGCGAUCGUUCCCGAGACAACUCAGCCCACAACGACGUCGACCCUUGCUUCUUGGAGAACGAGUCGAAGGACCACUGUGCCCAGCACGCUCUACCCGGAGUCCAGCUCGAACGGGCAAUGGUACGACUACGGCAGACAAGUGUGUCCCCCGGUGAUGGCCAGGAACCUCUCGUGGAACACGACCAGAGCCGGCGACGUAGCUGUACAGAGCUGUCCAGGCGGUGCGAACGGGCUGGCACGAUGGAGAUGCCUAGCAAAGGGCGAUUCCGCAUUCUGGCAUCGGGACAGUCCGGAUUUGAGCGAGUGUCGAUCGGUCUGGCUGACCACACUCGAGAAUCGAGUGACGGAGGGCGACGUGAUCCUCGGUAUAAGCCGCGAGCUGUCGCAGGUGACGAACAACAGCCGUGGAUUGUACGGCGGCGACAUGAUGAUCACGACCAAGAUCAUGAAGAACAUGGCGGAGAAAAUGGCCCAGGACAUCAGAACGUACCAGGACGCGAAUCAACGGGAGGUGAGCGUCACGGAGUUGCUGCAAGGUGUCGUGAGGACAGGUAGUAAUCUCCUGGACAAAGCGCAAAUGGCAUCUUGGAAGGACCUCAGUCAUCAGGAGCAGAUGAGAGUCGCGACCUCCUUAUUGACCGGGCUGGAAGAGAACGCGUUCCUGUUGGCCGACACGCUGAUGCAUGAGAAAACGAUCACUCAUGUGGGAAGGAACAUACUGAUGGAAGUUCGCGUGCUGGACGCCCGGAACAUCGGCGACGAUCUGGAGGUGUUCCCGACCGAGGCCGCCCAACAGAGGUGGACGGCGUCAAACGAUCGGGUGGAACUGACCAGAGGCGCUUUGCUGGAGAACAGCGCGGGCGGUAUUGUCCGCUUGGUCUUCAUGGCCUUUGACAGACUCGAGGAGAUCCUGCAGCCGCAAGCCGAGGUAUCGUCCCUAGUCAUGAACGACGACCCGCAACCGCUGCCGAAAAGGAACACGACCAGGCUUCUAAAUAGCAAAGUGAUCUCCGCGUCUUUGGGCAAAGGCAGGCAUAUACAGCUCAGCGAGCCCGUCAGAGUCUAUUUCAAGCAUUUGUCCAUUGAGAACGUCACCAAUCCGACAUGCGUCUUCUGGGACUACAUCUUGAGCGCUUGGUCGGAGGAAGGUUGCCAGAUACGAAAAACCAACGAGACUCACACGGUCUGCGAAUGCAACCAUCUUACGAACUUCGCCGUUCUCAUGGACGUUCACGCCGUAAGAUUGGACAUCGCCCACCAAGUCGCAUUACAAAUCAUCACCUACAUCGGUUGCAUCAUUUCUGUCGUCUGUCUCAUCCUGGCUAUACUGACUUUCCAAUUAUUUCGCGGACUGAAGUCGGACAGAACAACAAUUCACAAGAAUCUCUGCGUGUGCCUGCUGAUCGCGGAAAUUUUAUUCGUUUGCGGAAUCGGCCAAACGAAUCAGAGAAUUGUCUGCGGUAUCGUAGCCGGUUUGCUCCACUUCUUCUUCCUCUGCGCGUUCGCCUGGAUGUUCCUAGAAGGAUUCCAAUUAUACGUGAUGCUGAUCGAGGUCUUCGAAGCAGAAAAAUCGAGACUUCGCUGGUACUAUCUGGUCGCUUACGGUGCACCAUUGCUGGUCGUGGCCAUUUCUUGUAUAAUCGAUCCUCUCAGCUACGGGACCGAUCGGUACUGUUGGCUACGGGCGGAUAACUACUUCAUCUUCAGCUUCGUUGGGCCUGUGAUACUUGUUAUACUGGCAAACUUGGUAUUCCUGUCGAUGGCAAUUUACAUGAUGUGUCGGCACGCGAACACGACGGUCGCGAUGAAGAGUAAGGAGCACUCUCGUUUGGCCAGUGCAAGUGGAAAGGAAGAGAAUGCUCUUCCCAACAAAUUGCAAGCGCACUUGGCAUGGCUGAGAGGCGCAAUCGUCCUGGUCUUUCUGUUGGGACUCACAUGGACGUUCGGGCUCCUCUACUUGAACCAAGAGUCCGUCGUGAUGGCGUACAUCUUCACCAUACUGAAUAGUCUGCAGGGGCUGUUUAUCUUUGUGUUCCAUUGCGUACAGAACGAGAAGGUGAGAAAGGAGUACAGGAAGUUCGUGCGCCGCCAUUCGUGGCUGCCCAAGUGCCUGAGGUGCUCGAAGACGGUGACCGGAAGCUCGGGCGGCUCCUCCGGCACCAGCGGCGGUGCUGCCGGCGCGAACGGCGGCAAGGACUUUUCGUCGCACAACACCUCGUCGAACCCGUCGGCGCCUACCACGGACAGCUCGGGAUUGUCGCCGCAUACCGCCUCCAAUUACCUGGCGUCCGGUCGAAGCUGGGCGAUAGUCGAUAGGCAACCAACAGUAACAGUGCCAAGUGAAUCCUCUCCAACAGAGGCUCACAUCGUGGCCACCCUGCCGUACGCCCGUCACGCCUUCUUACCCUCAGCUCCCAAUAUCCCCAAAUCUGCCACCGCCACUUGGGGCCACCUUAACAAAAACCUCAUGUGGAAGAACAUUUCUUUUAAAUCGUAUUCCCGCGACUCUGGACACGGCGGAUCCGAACAGGAGGACUCACCGAGGACGCACAACACCUUGACGCUGGGUCACUCGGGCCGGAAUCGUGGGGCCCGAGUAAUGAACGAGAACAACGAGAUCAGCGGCACCAGGACCACCGGGGGCGGUAGGAGAGUCGCGAUGCCCUACAAUCACACCUACACGGAGAUCAUCGACGGUCGGGCCAACGGUCCGGUGCAUCAUCAGCUGCACGGUCAUCACGUGCAUCUUCCACGAGGGCUGGCAAACGAGGACGAUCCGGUUUACGAGGAGAUCGAACGGGCUGGUGUCGGCGGGGUCGGUGGCGUCGGUGGCGGCGAGAUUCAAGUCUCGGACAUGUCCGACGAGGAUGGUAGGAGGCAGAGCGACAUGAGCAGACAAUCCUCGAGGAGUUACGGUGAUCACAGGCCGUUGAUACCGUACUCACCGGCCACGGAUCGAAAUCUGGUGCAUUACGGGCAAACUUUGACGGACCGUGGCGGCGGUGGGAACCUUCACUACGACCCAUCCGAGUACAGUCCCGCGGUGGAGAGGACCCUAAACGCUUGCUGGGAGAAACUGCGCAAGCAACAGGCCAGGUUCGAGCGGGGCGAGCUGCCCCGUCUUCCCGUCACCUACGGUAUACCGCCCCAGCAGGAUCACACGCGAACGGUCGCGGUCCUGGACGGUCAAACGGUCGUCUGCCAUCUCCAGCCGCAGACAGACAACAUGUACACCGGCCGCGGUAUGCCGCCGCCAUCCUACAGCGAGUGUUAG